CGGGUGGCAUCGCGCGGCUCGGCGCGGUCAUGGUGGCCCCGAUGUACGGGUCACCCGGCGGCCGCCUGGCCCGGGCGCUGACGCGGGCGCUGGCGCUGGCCCUGGUGCUGGCCCUGCUGGUCGGGCUGUUCCUGAGCGGCCUGGCGGGCGCCGCCCCGGUCCCGGGGCACUGGGCGGAAGGCUACAAGGCCGACCCCCCCGCGUCCCGCAGCCGCUCGGUGCUCUGGGACGCCGCGGCCGGCCAGCUGCGCCUGGUGGACGGUCGCCACCCCGAGGCCGUGGCCUGGGCCAACCUCACCAACGCCAUCCGCGAGACCGGGUGGGCCUUUCUGGAGCUGGGCACCAAUGGCAGCUACAAUGACAGCCUGCAGGCCUACGCAGCGGGCGUGGUGGAAGCCUCGGUGUCCGAGGAGCUCAUCUACAUGCACUGGAUGAACACAGUGGUGAACUACUGCGGCCCCUUUGAGUACGAGGUCGGCUACUGCGAGAGGCUCAAGAGCUUCCUGGAGGCCAACCUGGAGUGGAUGCACGAGGAGAUGGAGCGGAACGCCGACUCCACCUACUGGCACCAGGUGCGGCUGACCCUCCUGCAGCUGAAAGGCCUGGAGGACAGCUACGAAGGCCGUGUGACCUUCCCUGCUGGGAAGUUUACCAUCAAACCCUUGGGGUUCCUCCUGCUGCAGAUCUCUGGAGACCUGGAAGACCUAGAGCCGGCCCUGAACAAGACCAAUGCCAAGCCGUCCCUGGGCUCAGGUUCCUGCUCCGCCCUCAUCAAGUUGCUACCUGGCCACCGUGACCUUCUGGUGGCCCACAACACCUGGAACUCCUACCAAAACAUGCUACGCAUCAUUAAGAAGUACCAGCUGCAGUUCCGGGAGGGCCCUCGAGAGGACUACCCCCUGGUUCCCGGCAACAAGCUGGUCUUCUCAUCCUAUCCGGGCACCAUCUUCUCCUGUGAUGACUUCUACAUGCUGAGCAGUGGGCUGGUCACACUGGAGACCACCAUCGGCAACAAGAACCCAGCCCUGUGGAAGUACGUGCGGCCCGAGGGCGGCGUGCUGGAGUGGGUUCGGAACAUCGUGGCUAACCGCUUGGCCUUGGAUGGGGCCAGCUGGACUGACGUCUUUAAGAGAUUCAACAGUGGCACGUAUAACAACCAGUGGAUGGUCGUGGACUACAAGGCGUUCGUCCCUGGUGGGCCCAGCCCUGGGAGCAGGGUGCUCACCAUCCUGGAGCAAAUCCCGGGCAUGGUGGUGGUGGCCGAUAAGACCUCAGAGCUGUACGAGACCACCUACUGGGCGAGCUACAACAUCCCGUCCUUUGAGACUGUGUUCAAUGCCAGUGGGAUGCAGGACCUGGUGGCCGAGUACGGGGACUGGUUUUCCUAUGACAAGAGUCCCCGCGCUCUGAUCUUCCUGCGGAACCAGUCGCUGGUGCGCGACAUGGAUUCCAUGGUCCGGCUGAUGAGGUACAACGACUUCCUCCACGACCCCCUGUCAUUGUGUAAAACCUGUGACCCCCAGCCCAAUGGGGAGAACGCCAUUUCAGCCCGCUCUGACCUCAACCCUGCCAAUGGCUCCUACCCAUUCCAGGCCCUGCACCAGCGCUCUCACGGGGGCAUUGAUGUGAAGGUGACCGGCAUGUCCCUGGCCAAGGCCCUAAGCAUGGUGGCUGCCAGUGGCCCCACGUGGGACCAGGUACCCCCGUUCCAGUGGAGCACCUCGCCCUUCCAAGAAGUGCUGCACAUGGGUCACCCCGACCUCUGGAAGUUCUCGCCCAUCCAGGUCCGGUGGGACUGAGGCUCCACGCCGCUCCGCUGCCUUCUCUGCUGACCCUGGCAGGGCUGCCUUGACCUCCUGCUCACCACCUUCUUGGCUUUGCCUUCUGCUGCCCCCUGAUCUGGGAUCUGGUCUGCCGGGUACAUUCUCGUCUGAGUGGUCUCUCCCAGGGUGGGACACAAACCUGAUGGGGCUCAGCACUGAUGCUCCCUGUCUUCCUGAGUGGUGGGCCCCAUCCCCAUCUCCCUCUGCCUGUCAGUGUCUCCUGCUUCUCUGUCUCUGCCACCUCUGCGCCCAUUUUCAAGCUCUCUCCUGAGGACUUGGCAGGUCCUAGGCUCAGCCUCUGGCCCCUGGCACCUGCUCCCAGUGCCCCCUUCCUACAACAUUUCCUCAGGUGCCACUGGGGCUGCUAAGACUCAGCCCUGGGUCCUGGAUGUGCACUCUGGUUGGCGCCACUCCUCAGCUCCCUUCCCCAGCCCCUGUCCCCCUUGGGAAGCCCCUUGUCCCAUCUGGGCAGCUUUCUGAGGACAGAAACUUGACAGCAAACAAAAACCAAAGUUUCUGGCCACUUGUGGCUGGAGGAUCCUGAGUGUCUUCUCUGCAGGGGAGGUGGGAGUGUCACCUCUACACUCCUGCCUCCUGCUCCACCCCAGCGAGGGCCUGCGCCUAGCCUCUGGGCAGCACCCACAGCUCCCUGCCAUAGAAACCGAAGUGUAGGCUGUGCUGCCAUUAAACACGAGAGGCCGUGGCUGGCUGCUGUGCUUCCUAGGGUGGCAGGAAGGGGAGCGUGCCGUGCUGACUCAUGGUUUUCAGUUCUCCCCAUCCACUAAGCAUCCUUCUGUCUGACCAUCUAACCUUUUGGUCAUGUGCCAACCCACUCACCCAUU